AUGGUAGAGUAUGAUGAAGAAGAGAAUCCUUUUGUGGAUAUAGAUGAGUACAUCGAGGACACAAAUGCCAUUGUCCCUCCUCGAGUUGAGGCUUCUACCUUCAAGGUGGAACAUGGUUUGAUCCUAAUGCUUAAAGCAGAGGGGUUUUAUAGGAAUUCUACCGAUGAUGAUCCAACACAACAUCUUAGAAACUUCUUGGGUGUGUGUGCGAUGCACAAACAUAGCAACGUGUCAGAUGAUGCCCUAAGACUGAGGUUAUUCAAGUACUCACUAGUUGGAGAGGUAAGGAAAUGGAUCCAAAAUCUACCACCUCACUCCAUUCACUCUUGGCCUGAACUAGUUCGUGCUUUCCUAGCCAAAUGGUUCCCACAAAGCAAGAAAUCCGAGCUCAGGGCUAAAAUUUUCGUCUUCAAGCAACUACCGGGAGAACACCUACAUGAGGCAUGGGAUCGGUUCAAGCUAUACCUAGUGAUGUCGCCUAAUCAUGAUUUUCUGGACAAAAUCUUGUUAGAAAAGUUUUACAUGGGUUUGGAUCCAUUGAACCAAUCCAUAGAAAAGAAUGCGACGGAUGGAUCUUUUAUGGACAAAACAUUCACAAGGAUCACACAAAUUCUCGACAAGAUGGCAGAACACAAUCAAGCUUGGCACUCGGAAGAUACCACGGGUGGAAUUGCAUACGGUACUCCCUCUUUGACCAACAUGAUUAAGGAGAACCAAGAGAGAGAUCAAGUAAUUGCCGGUCUUGCUACAAACAUUAAUGUGUUAACCAAGAUGUGCACUGAAAACCAAACUAAAAAGGUAAAUGUUGUGGAAGAUGUGCAAGCCUUGUCAAACGAAGAUUGCGAGGAGGUAAAGUAUGUCCAUAAUUCUCAAGGUGGUUAUCGCCAACAAAAUCAACAGAGGCCUAACCCACAAGGGCAAGGCCAUCAACAGCGGCGCAAUGAUCAAGGUGGAUCAAGUCAAGGUAAUUGGAGCAACAGCAACAAUAACUAUGCAAACCGGAGUUCAAAGCCCUAUGCUCCACCAAAGGGGCAAUACUCUAACUCCUCGCAUUAUAAGGAAGGUUCUUCAAGAGUAAAAGUCCAAGAAGAAAAUCAUGAAAAGGUAAAGGAAAAGGUGAAAGAGGCACCAAAAUCUCUAGCACAAAUUCCUAGACCUUCCCCUCCGUUCCCUCAAAGACUUGCUAGGAGGGUUGAAGAUAGAAAAUUCGAGAAAUUUUAUGACAUUCUCAAGCAAUUGUCGGUGAACAUACCAUUUGUGGAAGCCUUUCAAGAGAUGUCGGGUUUUGCUAAAUACUUGAAGGACUUGAUAAACAAGAAAAGAACCACCAAGAAUGAAGUGGUGAAUGUGACUCAUGGGGUUAGCUCCAUUAUUGCAACAACCACCGUUGAAAAGAAAGAAAACCCGGGAGCAUUCACCAUUCCAUGCACUAUUGGCUUGCGAGAUUUUGCAAGGGCUCUUUUUGACAAUGGGGCAUUAACUUUAUGCCUCUUGCCAUUUACAAGCAAGCAGGGUUAA